UCUUGCCUCUUCAUGAGUGUCUCUUUUACUAUUCUUCCUUUAGUAAAGGUGGGAGGGGGAAGAGAGGUAGAGGAACAGGUGUUCUGAAGCUUGGGCAACAGUUGGGUCCUCUUUCAGAUUAAAAACCAUGAAAAAAUCACUAGGCACAUUGCACAUCUGCCCUUCACUAAAGUCUUUCGUUUCCAAAAAAGUUGAAAGCAUACUUUGCCAUUUCCAUUCACCAAACAAGUACAAGAGAUUAGAUGCAAAACUUGAAAAGAAGGUGGUGGAAGCAAUCAAACACAAAGGCGCAUCAGGGAAGAAUACUUUCAGAUCAAUUAACAGCAUAGUCAUGAGGUUUCCUCAAUUUAAAGAGGAGCUGAGAAACAUCAAGAGUGUGUUUCAGCAGUACGAUGAAGAUUCAAAUGGAAUUAUUGACCGUGAGGAGCUUAAGAAAUGCUUGAGCAAACUGCAACUACAACUGACAGAGAAGGAAAUGGAGGAUCUACUCCAUUCUUGUGACUUUGAUGGCAUCGAAGGAAUGCAAUUCAAUCAGUUCAUUGUCCUCCUUUGUCUUAUCUAUCUCCUGACGGAGCCUUCAACAUCUUCACACACUACACUGAAGAUGGGAUCACAACAACUUGAUGCUACGUUUGAUACAAUUGUUCAAGCAUUCUUGUUUCUUGAUAAAAAUGGAGAUGGAAAGGUGAACAAGAAUGACAUGGUCAGGGCAUUGAAUGAGGGUUCUCAUCAGGAGAAAUCUCCAGGGCACGUCACCAAGACACGUUUCAAGGAAAUGGACUGGAACAAGAGUGGAAAGGUCAGUUUUAAAGAGUUCCUUUCUGCAAUAACCAAUUGGAUUGGGGUUGAUACCGAUGAUGACAAGUCUCUGUAAGAUGAGGUGUUGUGAAGUAGAGGAUGAGCACAGCAGAUGUGAAGCAGAAAAUGAACCAAACAAACUCUUGUAGGUGAGACUGAGUUGGUGCAGCUUAUCCAUAUGAUCUAUGUGCCAAAUACUAUUUGAAAUGCUGCCUGUGCAUUGAACUCAACUUUCUACAAUUUCAAGAUCUUGUAAAGUCAAGUCAAGACAUUCUACCUAUUAUGGUUACCAUAAUAAUUAUUAGCUAGUCUGCACU